AUGGAAUCUUCUAAGCAACCCGUCAAGCUUGUCAAGGUCACCCGCGUCUUGGGCCGAACUGGUUCUCGUGGUGGUGUUACCCAAGUCCGCGUCGAAUUCAUGGACGACCAGACCCGAAGCAUUAUCCGAAACGUCAAGGGACCAGUUCGUGAGGACGACAUUCUCUGCCUACUCGAGUCCGAACACCCAACCAUGAGUGCCAUCCCGAAGCCAAAGGACGGCUGGUUUAACCUUCUGUACUUCGCAAGUGCAAAGUCUUUCACCUCGAAAGAGUUCGAUACGUUUCCCGCUCCGCUCACUCUUCCGGCGCUCUUCCUUAGAUUAGAAGAAAUGUACAAUGGUAUUACAGAGAAGAUCCUUAAUUCGUCCAUGGUGACGAUCAAUCUUGAAUAUGUGGAUGUUCCUCGGCCCGAUGAUGGGCCUGCUCAAAUCGUAACGAUCAAUGAGGGUGACGAGGUCGCUAUCAUUCCACCGGUAAGCUCGGGCUGA